AUGAGUAAUAAAAUAGAGAAAUUAUCCGUGGUCCUCGCGAUAGCCGUGAUGGUAGUAGUGGCGGCUAACGGGCCCCGAGUGGAGGCAGCCAUCGGUUGUGGGUCGGUAGUCUCGUAUCUGCAGUCGUGCGUGGCCUACGUGACCAACAAGGGCCCGAUUGGCAGCUGUUGCAGUGGGGUCAACGGCCUGUAUGUGGCCGCCAAGACUAAGGAAGAUCGACAGAGCGUGUGCGUGUGCCUCAAGACGGUAGCUGCCUCGUAUUAUGGGCUCGACCUUGACAAGGUCGAGGGCCUUCCCGCUACAUGUGGCAUCGACAUUCCAUAUAAGAUUAGCCCUUCAACCGAUUGUGCCAAGGUGAAUUGAGGGAGGUUAUAAUUCAAAUGUGGCCGAGCAUAUGGAAGAAAGCGUUAUAUAUAUGGAUGGUUUAUUUAGCAACCUGCAUGAAUAUAUGUAUAUGUAUUAAUAAUGAAAAUAAGUCACGGCGG